AUGAAGCCAAUCCUACUUCUAUUAGUCAUGACAGUUUCACUAGCCGUCGCCAACGAAGACUACUCAAUUGAAGCUCUUAGAAACGAUACUAGUCCAGACAAAGUCAUCAUCCUCUACAACGGAACUUUCACCUGCGCCAAUACACCAUUUUGCGCAAUGGCAACUUAUCACCGUGCAACGAGAGACAACUUCAUGAAUGCGCUAGAUCCUAUUGAAAUUCUGAAAUUCUCGUGUACCAACAAGAAUGAGAUGCAUCAUCAGAAAGUAGUCGAACUGCCUAGAAAUGGUUCGCAGUGGAAUACUAUGAAUGAGGUUCACAUUAAUAUCUACACAAAUUGCCAUAAGAUCGAUCAGAGAUUCAGUAGUCUCCAACGUUUGCCGGGUCCAGAUGGACUUGCACUAUUCGACACAUUCUCCUAUAAUAUGAAUCUCACAAAGUUUGAGAAAAACUAUUCUUCUCCACAACGCUUUAAAGACGCAUUCAUCCGAUCAAAUAGUGGAGAACUCGAUGAAAAUUUCGAUCAGUGGAUUGAUGGAAAAAAUCCGAACAUGUCAAAUCUUACUUAUCAAUACCAUUUGGUUUAUGUUGGUUUGUCCUGCAUCCGGACUAACCAGUUGCACCACCAAGCAAUGGCUUUGGUGGAGGGAGGUGAUGAACAGAUUCAUGUUGGUUCCCCACUAUGGAAGCUCAAGACAAUUUUUUCCAGUGGAACUGCUCUCUACACAACCUGCGAAGCUGUUCUCAGUACGGACGAUCUCAAGUUCCAAGAUGUGUCUAUGAAUUGGUACGAGACAUGGUUCAAUUAUCCUUGGAAUUGCCUGACUUAUCAUUUCCAACUCGGGCGUGAUGUGACUCCCCACGAGCGACUUUUCCGCGAUAGAUUUGUUUAUUGGGAACCGGUGAAGAAAGGCUGCCAGCCACAGGUUUGCAUUGCUGCAGGCACAAAAAGGACAGAUGUUUGUGAGAAUAAUGAAGAGAAAACUUGCUCGCCGAUGGACAUUUAUGAAUUCUUUGACUGGGCACAAGGACCAAUUGUUGUCAGUUAA